GUCUUAGCGGCGCUGUGGUAGGAGUGGUGCUGGUGCCCGCAGCCUCUCACUUCUCGAGGGAAGGAAAAAAAAUAAACACACACACGCCAAGCCACUUAAACUCCUGCGCGUGUCUGUGUAUGUGUGUGUUUACGUGUGUAUGAGUGUGUGUAUACGCGUGUAGUAAACAUAAACCAGUGGCGUGUGGGGAACGUAAUGUAAUCUCGGUGGCCUCGUGAUCCUUGUUAUAAGUGAAAUGUUGCAUGAGGAAAUCAGUGACAUCCUUGGACAGGGAGCGAGUCUGGAACCUGCCCGGGAGGAUUUAUCGUGAUGCGGUGAUGUGAUGUAAGAAAAAUGAGAGAUAGAGACGCGUGAAAAGAGCGAGUGCGUGGGAGUGAGAGUAGGCCAAGAUAGUAACUCUCCUCUCACGUUGAUUAGCGUGAUGUGAAGCGAAGCAGAUCUGGAAUAGCGAGAGUGGAAGCUUGGAAAAAUGUGAGAGGCGGGGAGGCGGUGAUAACAAAGAUACCGCUGGGUGAGUAAGGACUGAAUCACCAGUAGUGGCUUGACUUGGUGCUCUGGCCGACACUCAGGCAGAAGGAUGUCACUCACCACCUACUGCAGCGUCUACAGAGGGUACCAGCCUUCCUUCCUCAGUGGCGUCACCUCCCGCACCUCCGCAGGGCACGACACCCUAGCCACACAGCAGCUAGAAGCCCCGCGGCCCCCUCGCUUCCCCUCCCACCCCUCAGACCCCCACCACGCCCCCCAGAACGCCCACCCAAAAAGCCCACGUUGCGUUCACUGUUCCACGGACCAAAUCCCGAUACCUCGGCUCAGAACCUCGCCGCCGCCGCCGCCGAGCCCUCCGACAGAAUCCCUUCAGAUGUGGAGCCGAGGCGCAUCGAGGACACGGGCGAGUGUCUCAACCUGUCCCCUGCCCGCCCUUACUACUACAGGAAGCCCCCCGCGCCUGAUCCUCCUAAGUCACCCCCCGCGCCGGCCUGCCCGCCACAGCAGCCCACAGUAGCCACGCCAGCCUCUCCCAAGCUGUCAAGGUCACCGGCGACUCUACCGCACCCCCCCUCCACCCACGCCGCCCACCUGGUGCCGCCCACCACUGCUGCAUCACGUUCGUCCACCCCUGACCUGCCGCCGCCGCCGCCGCCACC